AUGCUUGACGGAGCGUCCAUUCUCAGGCGCAAGAUAGUCUAUGGUUGGCGCUCGGCCCAUCAUCAACAGCAGCCAUGCGGCAUCGACCUCACUCUGCGUCGCGUCCUCCAAUCGAACGCGCCAGCCAUAAUCGACUUUGACAAUUCUCGGCGCAAGGCCGCAGAGACGACGCAGCUUCCCUUCCGUAGCCAGGAUGGACCAGUCACACUAGCCCCAGGGGCGUACCUGGCUGAGUUCAACGAGCAAGUCUGCAUCCCACUGGAUGUCAUGGGUGAAAUCUUCACGAGGUCUUCGCUACGGCGCGCCGGCGCGACGCUCACGGCCGGGGUCGUUGAUGCUGGGUACUCGGGUGCGCUGGGCGCUUUUCUGGACGUGAGAAACCCCAAAGGCAUCUUCCCUUACAAAGAUGCCAAGCUAGCGCAGAUCUGCAUCCGCAUGUUGGAGGAGAAGGUCACUGGGUACCAUGGCAUCCAUCAGUCCUCGUCGAGCACAGUGGGACGAGACGGACCCCCUGCAGUCCCUUUAGAUGUGGAAACUUGA